AUGUCCAGAGGUGGCCUCAGAAGCGGUGAAGGUGUUGAGAUUGCUAUGGAAAUGACACCUGGCGAGCCGCUUCGGUUAUCAGCGGGCCUGAUUACCCAUCACAUUAUCAUGUCUGAGUAUGCGCUAGUUUGCCGAGAUCCAAUCGACGGCCUGUAUACGGUACCCAGUGCGCGUGAUAUUUUUGACUUCGUCCCUGGAGGAUCUGUGAGUGAGAGGCAGGACGUCGAGUAUGAAGCACGAACUCAUCUGAACCACUCUGUUAUUAAUUCUCUUUCAGAAUGGUUCGGGUUGCUGUUCAUUCGACGAGGUGUAUACGCAGGCGCCGUGCUUCGCUUCACAAGCGUAGUUUUCGAUCUUGAUGUGUUUCAUCCUCACGUGAAUGCAACUACACGAGAGCUGGAUCUGAAGCGCUAUUUCGUUGAUGGCUGGAAACCGGAGCGAUAUCAUAUUUACCACGUUUUGCUCAUUGUACAGCGCUCUAGCGCUGCACGGCAAAAACGCACAAAAAAGGACAACGGUGACUUCUCGGAGGUAUUCUACGCGCUCCGAUGUCGGCUUCAUUUGGGCGAGGAUGAGUACAGGCGGAUCCAGGGUGGUCUCAGGACUUUUUUCACAUUUGACACGGAUCCGUCGUCAUGUGUUAAUGCUGAUGCUGCGGCACUUCUUCGCGACAAUAAAGAGGCAUAUCGAAUGCGGGCUAGUGAGCUGAUCAAGUGA